AUGGCUGCCAGUGGAGAGGUAGGGAAGCUGUUACAAGUACAAAAUGGGACGCUUCCAAUCACCAACUACAAUGGGGUAGAUGCUGUUCAUGCUUGUAACAUCCUGCAGCAGCUCAAAGCCUUGUACGAUGAAGCACAGCUCACAGACAUCGUUGUAGAAGUGGACCAUGGCAAGACUUUCUCAUGCCACAGAAAUGUUCUUGCUGCAAUCAGCCCAUAUUUUAGGUCCAUGUUCACCAGUGGCCUUACAGAGAGCAGUCAGCGUGAGGUUCGAAUUGUUGGCGUGGAAUCUGAAUCCAUGCACCUUGUCCUAGAUUAUGCCUACACAUCCAGGGUCUCGCUCUCUGAGUCUAAUGUCCAGGCCCUAUUCACUGCAGCCAGCAUUUUCCAGAUUCCUGCUCUGCAGGACCAGUGUGCCCAGUUCAUGAUCAGCCGACUUGACCCUCAGAACUGUAUAGGAGUCUUUAUGUUUGCUGAUGCAUAUGGGCACCAGGAACUGAGGGAACGCUCACAGGAUUAUAUCCGCAAGAAGUUCUUGUGUGUAUCACGGGAGCAAGAGUUCCUCCAGAUGACCAAGGAGCAGUUGGUCAGCAUUUUGAAUAAUGAUGACCUCAAUGUGGAAAAGGAAGAGCAUGUCUAUGAGAGCAUUGUCCGCUGGCUAGAGCAUGAUCUGUCUGGCCGUGAAACUCAUCUAGCUGAGGUUUUUUCCCAGUGUAUCCGUCUGCCCUUGCUGGAUGAGGCCUUUCUCAAUCGGAUACCUCCCCCCUUUGCUUGCGCCCUCUCCCUUUCAACAGACUCUGCUGAGGCCAAAGCUCGCCUCACUGGCACAAAUGGUUGUCCACAGCGCCUGGGUAUGACUGCUUCUGAGAUGGUCAUCUGCUUUGAUGCUGCUCAUAAACACUCAGGUAAGAAGCAGACGGUGCCUUGUCUGGACACGGCGACAGGAAGGGUGUUCAAACUCUGCAAACCACCUAAUGAUCUCCGGGAGGUUGGCAUCUUGGUGUCCCCAGAAAAUGACAUCUACAUUGCUGGUGGGUACCGUCCGAGUAACAGCGAGGUGUCCAUAGACCAUCGAGCAGAGAGUGACUUCUGGCAGUACGAGCAUGCAGGCAACCGAUGGCUUCCACGUGCACCUCUUCUGAGAGCCCGAAUUGGAUGCAGGCUUGUGCACUGCUGCGGGAAGCUGUAUGCACUGGGAGGCCGUGUUUAUGAAGGUGAUGGGCGAAAUGCACUAAAAUCAGUAGAGUGCUAUGAUGCCAGAGACAACUGUUGGACUGCAGUCAGUCCAAUGCCAGUGGCCAUGGAGUUUCACAGUGCUGUAGAGUACAAAGACCGUAUCUACGUCCUCCAAGGUGAAUAUUUCUUCUGCUAUGAUCCCCGUAAGGACUAUUGGAGUCAUCUGGCGCCAAUGAGUGUCCCUCGGAGUCAGGGUCUGGCUGCCUUGUAUAAAAACUGCAUCUACUACAUAGCUGGGAUCUGCAGAAACCACCAGCGUACUUUUACUGUGGAGGUCUACGACAUUGAGAAGAACACAUGGAGCCGCAAGAAAGAUCUACCCUUUGACCAAGCCACAAGCCCGUAUAUCAAGGCCAUGCUGCUGCAAGGCAAGCUACACCUGUUUGUACGAGCUACACAAGUCAUGGUGGAGGAGCAUGUGUUUCGCACUAGCAGGAAGAACUCCCUUUACCAGUAUGACGAUGAGGCAGAUGUAUGGACCAAAGUCUAUGAGACACCCGAUCGCCUCUGGGAUUUGGGCCGCCAUUUUGAAUGCGUGGUGGCCAAACUUUAUCCACAGUGUCUCCAGAAAGUGCUUUGAGGUAUUUGAAUUUUGUGGACCCCAUCUCUGAGGCAGAGGGGGGAUAGUGUGGUCCUGCCUGCCUUGUGCCUGGUGUUACCUUGGGUUUGCACCACAUGCACCAUUUUUGGUUAAGUCUUAAGUUGUUCAACUUCUGGUUUAAAAUGAUCAAAAUGGGGGUGCUUUUAAAGAUUGCAGUAUUUUUUUUUUCUUCAAGAAAGCACCAACUACCCACACUGAGGCUUGUUUAACAAAACCGUACAAUGACUCAUAAGUGCAAUUAUACUAUUUUUUUUUUUUUUUGCUUGUUGUCGAGCCAUGUUGUUCUAUUUUUGUGUUAGGUGCAUAAAUACACCAGUCAGCCACAACGUUAAAACCCCUGAGUUGCAGGGUGGGGCCUCUGUGGAUUGGGUUGUAUUAGUGCUAUCUGUAAAUGGUUUUACUGUUGUGGCUGAUUAAUGUGUGUAUGAAUUUUUACAAAUGAUAAGCAUGGAACUGAGGGUGUUGCCUCUGGAGAUAUGGAUGCUAUGUGUCAGCAUAAAGUGAAACUCUAUAUAGAUAUAGAAAUAUACAAAUAGUCAUAUAAACGAUAUAUUCAUACGGGUAAGAUGAGUACCUUAGGUCAUUAGUAGAUUGCUGGCUCUGAGGUUUGUGUGGAUUUUUUUCCUGUUCUGCGUUUAUGCCUCUCUUCAGUUUAUUUCAUAUGCAAGUUUUAAUUUGAAGUGUGCUUGUGAUUGACAUUAGUGUUUUUAAAGGUUGAAAGUUAAAUGGUAACUUUUUAUUGCCCACUCUUCCUCCACAGGUGUCAGUGUGUCAAACAUACACUAUGUGCGGCUUCCAGACUUUUUUUUUUUCCUGCUUUGAGUUGGCAUCCAUUAAGUGAAAUGUUAGAAUAUUCACUCUCCACAUUGGAGAAACAAGGACGGAGUCAAAUUUGUUGCAACACUAAGUGGCUCAUUCAGACCAACAGGUUUACCUCAGAAACUUCAGAGAUUUUUGAUUAGGAGCAAAGGGACAUUUCAGGCCGUUGUGUUGAUAUAAACAAGUGUUUGCUCUGAGUUUGAGCUCUGAGUUUGUUCUUUGACACCGGGUUAUUAAACGCUUGAAAAAAAGGGUUCCAAUAGCCUUCCUCGUAAUGCCAAAAGAGCAUUUGAGGUCUUACUAUAGUUGUCGUGGAAGUUGGAAACGGAUUUUGUGGUAGCAAUAAAUCUUGGAACUGUGAUUAGGCUAUAUUACAUUGUAUUACCUUAUUAAAAGUGCAUUAAUUGU